AUGGACGACGAGGAACGCCGAAACAUUCUUCAUCACGUCCUGCUACAAGUCAACCCUACUUUGGACGCACUCAAUGAUGCGUUUGCUAGAUUUUCUCGUGUCGCGACUUCUCGACCAUCUAUCUCUGUCGCUAGUAUGGUGGAGAUCAUCCGAGAGGAUAUCAUUCAUAUCACCAAUGUGAUUACAAUGGAGUGCAACACUGGAUAUGUCAUUGACAUCUUGAGCCAUCUCGAUCACGCUCGCGAUCUGACUCACAAAAUCACCUACAUCACUCCACUGGUCCGUGAACAACACGAACGUCGUGGAUUCUAUGUUGCCGAUUGA